AUGAAAAUCAAUCAAGCAGCGCUGGCUGCACUUGCGGCGCUGCCUCGCCUGGCGUCUGCGUCCCUGGCUCAGAGGCUGAAGUUUCUCAACACUCGAGAUGUCGAGCCGGGGAUGCCGUACGAUUUGAAUACCAUUUCCACGUGCACCUGGUGGUACGAUAACUUUGAGGGUCUGACUUGCACCGACGUCCGCGAUUUGCUGUACGCCAUCAGUCCUGAAGACUUUACUCGCUGGAACCCAUCCAUCACCUUGGAUUGUGGAAACUGGAAGAGACUGUCGUACUGUGUGCAGGUCAAGAGCGAGCAAACGCAGACUACUUCUACUACUUCCACCACCACAACGACUAGCACGGCCUCCGCCACCGCAAAGCCGUCACUGCUCGGGUGGGAGUCUCUCGGUUGCUACGUUGAUGAUGACCCACACACCCUGAGCACUCUGAGCGCAAAAGAGGGUGGCAGCCAGCUCACAGUAGAAAAGUGUCAGACAGCAUGCUUCGGCGAUGAUUUUCUUUUCGCUGGAGUCAAAGCUGGUACUGAAUGCUGGUGUGGCAGUUAUGUUAGCAAUGAGUGGGCGUCUGACCAAGAUGAUUGCAACAUCCCUUGCGGUGGUCAAACAUCAGAGACGUGCGGCGGUACUAGUGUCAUGAACAUCUAUGAAGCCGAGGUCAAAGAUACUCUCCCUGCUCCUUCCACUCCUACAGACACGGCCACCACCACAACCACCAGUCUUGCUACAAGCACUACUACCAAGGCAACCAGCACUACCAGUACGUCGACCACAGCCACUGCCAUUCCGACUUGGCAAGCCCUUGGCUGCUACAAAGACCUGUACCCAGCCAACGACCGUACACUCAAAAACCUCCUUGCCACUAGUGAUACCAGUCUUACCAUUGCUAGCUGCCAAGCAAUGUGUAAACAAGACAAUUACCUGUACUCAGGCGUCGAGAAUGGACGCGAAUGCUGGUGCGGCAACGAGAUCCAGUCGUCCACGACCAAUGUGGUUGUAGCCGAGACAGACUGUCGUACUCCCUGUACUGGUGAUAGUUCUGAAUUCUGCGGCGCCGGCGCGCGUGUGUACCUUUACAAGUACGUCGCAGCCACCGAGGCCACCUGGCAGACCCUCGGCUGCUACAAUGACCUCUAUCCGACAGUCAACCGCACCCUGCGGGAUCUGCGCGAUUUCAGCGACACCAGCAUCACCAUUGCUGGUUGUCAGACAACGUGUAAAAAGGACGGUUACCUAUACGCUGGCGUCGAAGAUGGGCGCGAAUGCUGGUGCGGUAACGAGAUCCAGUCGUCCGCGACCAAUAUACCCGCCGCCACUUCCGACUGUAACAAGGCGUGCACAGGCGACAGUUCUGAACUGUGCGGUGCUGGUGCACGUGUUUUCCUAUACAAGAACAUUGUACCUACUGCUCCAUGGCUUGGACUCGGUUGCUAUGGAGAGGAGGAUCCACGAGUCUUGCGCAAUCUAUUGUCGGUUUCCUACGGUAGAGGAAAUGUCACGCACCAGAACUGCAUUGACACUUGUAAUCGCGGUGGAUACUCAUACGCUGGUGUCGAGAACGGCGAAGAGUGUUGGUGCGAUGACAUAAUCAAUCCUCCCGGAGAUUUGGCGUCUGAUGGAUCUGCUGGCUGCAACAAGGCAUGCACCGGAAACGCAGAUGAGACUUGUGGUGGCCUCGCCAGGUUGGAGAUAUUCGUCAAGUCCACUAGUAUUUGA